AUGGUCUUCGGCACUGCCCCAGUCCCGUCAGUCUACCAUGCAAGCCCGAAUUCGUACGAGAAGACGUUGUCGGGCGCCACACUCGCGGGACCACAUGACGUCGCUCUCCUUACUAACAGCAAGGAGGUUGAGGUUCUUGUACCUGUCAAUGAUGAACAGCAGGUGGCCGCGCCACACGCCAUGCGUCAUGUCCUUGACGUAAUUGAAGGAGGCCUUGUCGAUCUCGAAGGCUUUGGACUGCUGGUCGUCCAAGGGCCCGAUUUAGUGGGACGCGCCGUGGCCAUUCCACGAGAUACUCUAGAAGAACUCGAAAUAUGA